UCCGCACUUCCCAAAGGGCUGUCCCAUCCAUCGCCUCCAUGGACCUGAGCUGGGAGUAGAGGGGUGGGAUGGAGAGAGCUGUGUUUUUGGAAGAGGUCAGAUUGGAGGCCAGCCCCUCCAGUAAACACCAGAGCCUCCUCUCCUGGCAUCUGGUUCCUUCCUGCCUCCUCUGAUAGGUCCCACCGGGACUGGGCAUUCCAUUCCACACAGUCUUUGGAAUGAACAGGAGACACCAAACAAUAGAACUGGUCAGGGUGUCCUUUGACAGCUCUGACCUUCCAGCUCUUGGGCCCAGCUGAUACCAAGAUGGAGGGAACACUAGCUUAGAAGGGUACAAGGUGUUAGGAGCUGAGGAAGCAGCCUGCUAUCCUGUUUGGGAGAAGUCUCAGAGAUUGAUCACCAGCACCAAUGAUUCUGAGGCCAGGAGAGAGAACCACAUUCUCUAAACAGAAAAUCACUGGGCAUCUGAUCUCAGGCCUUCACCAACCAAUCAGAAGAUGAAUAGGAGGACAUAAAGGGCAUUCUUUAUCUUCUUGGGAUCUUGUAGCCUGUUCCGAUUCCUUGGCACGAAAGCCCAGUGAGGAAGACUUAGAGCUGGUCUAAACUGGCUCUUAGAUGAAAUUUCUCCUCAACCUUUCCCACCAACAGAAGAGGCCACCCACUGAAACAGUCACCGCCCACCUCCCGGGUCCUUCUCAUGACCUCCUCUUCCCUGCAGAAAAGAGAGUGAGAGUCCAGAGUGGACUCACCUUGCGAGGCUCUUGUCCUAAAGAGUUUGGGAGAGAAUUAAGGCUUGGACUGGGAGCAGGACAGCAGCCUCUUCUAUUGGCUCCAGGAUUUUAGGUUUCCUGUCACAACAGCUACGUGGUACCACUACUGUGAGCCACCAGUGUUGAGUCUGUGAGUGUGGGCGCCAAGUCAGCCAGAAUUGGGCCCUUCCUCCCUCUCUCCCUCCCUCUCUCUCUUUGCUUUUGGACUUCGUACCUCCCCAUUUGGGGGUAUUCGAAACAGCUCUCUGCUGCAGUGCGGUGCCCGUGAACAGAGACCCAACAGAGAACUCACCCCCGUCCCCGAACUGGCUUCUUGGGAGAAUCCUCCAGGUGUCCUUAUUUGGAAACAGAGAAGAACGAACGCUUUGGGAGAGGGAGGAAGAGACUUGUCAGCUCUGACCUCUAGGAAAGUGGCCUUGCCUCCUAUCCUGAUUCUCCUCCUGCUUCCUCCCAUGGGCAUGGGGUGAGGGGCCCAGCCAUGGUCGUCACCCAGAUAAAUAUGGAGUUCCGCUUCCGAGGGAUGAAGCUGAGAGGCUUCUCCUGUGAGGUGAUCAAGUCCCCUAAUGGAUUCAUCUCUGAGACCUUUGGCUCCAUCUUGCUCCAGGUCCUGUUUCCAUUUCUUCUUUCUGGCAUGGGCAUGUUGAUUGCAGGCCUGGUGGCACAUGAAGCCCAACAUUGGAAGGUGUUUGUGGACAUUAAAGAACUAUUAACCUUGGUGCCUUCCCUCGUGGGCCUGAAAGGGAAUUUGGAAAUGACUCUGGCAUCCCGGUUCUCCACAGCUGCUAACACAGGGGUCAUUGAUAACCCUCAGGAGCAACAAAAAAUGAUCUUUGGUAACCUUGCUUUGGUUCAGGUGCAGGCCACAGUUGUAGGCCUCCUGGCUGCUCUCGUCGCCCUUGUGCUGGAAUUCAUCUCUGGACAAAAAGUUGAAUUGUCUCACAUCGGGGUCCUGUGUGCCAGCAGUGUGGUCACGGCCUUCGUGGCUGCCUUUUUCUUAGGAGUAACAAUGAUUGGUGUGAUAUUGACUGCUCGGAAGCUGGGGAUCAACCCGGACAACAUUGCCACACCCAUUGCCGCCAUGCUUGGAGAUGUCAUAGCCCUGAGCAUUCUGGCCCUCAUAAGCAGCAUCUUCUACAAAUACAUAGAAAAAUAUUACAUAUUCCUAGGGAUCUGUCUCUUCUUCUUUGCCCUGAUCCCAAUGUGGAUUAUCAUAGUAAAUCAGAGCCCCAGCAUCUUCCAAGUCCUGAAGACAGGCUGGUAUCCCAUCAUCAUAUCCAUGUUCAUCAGCAGUCUGGGUGGGCUCAUCUUCAGUAAAGCUGUCAGUGAAAAGGACUUCAAAGGGAUGGCGUUCUUCACUCCAGUGGUGAAUGGUGUUGGUGGCAACCUGGUAUCUAUUCAAGUCAGCCGGAUCUCUACAUACUUGUAUUCCUGGAGUACCCUUGGAGUCCUGCCAUAUAAUAUGAAGAGCUACUGGCCUAAUCCAUGCACCACUUUCUGUUCUUCAGAAAUCAACUCUGUAUCUGCCCGAGUCCUGCUGCUCCUGGUGGUCCCUGGCCAACUGAUAUUUCUCUUCAUUAUUCACCUGAAAGAGGGAGAUGAGAUCGGGCUGAAUCCUCUGUUUGUAGUGAUGUACCUGAUUGGUUCGUUCACCCAGGUGCUGAUCCUACUAUACUUGGCAGAUUUCAUGGUGAGGCUUAUAUGGCGCUGGUCCCAGGAUCCUGACAGCUACUGUAUCCCCUACCUCACUGGUCUGGGGGAUCUGCUGGGGGUCAGCUUCCUGACCAUCUGCUUUCUUCUCAACUCCUUCCUUUUCAAGAAGAAUCUAGAAAAUUCCAACAUGGCAGACACUGGGCCUCCCUAGAACGUAGACAAGAGAACCCAAGACACAUUUUUUCUCCUGUCUUUGCAGCCUGUAGGGUCCUAAAAGCAAGUAUCCCAACAGUUAGACCCAGAGGAUUUUGCCUCUCCUCUUAGCCCAUUAUAUCAUGUAGCUUCAUGCCUUCUCUUCUGGCAGCAGCCCAGAUUGUGACAUAUAUACAUGUAUAUGCCAGUGUGGCAUGGGCGUCCCAUUAGGAAUGGUGUCAUGGAAGGAUCCAGCAUGCCUUUGGGAGGCCACACAAAUGAAAGGGAUGCUGCUCUGGCCAGAGGUCUCAGCUCUUCCUCUCAAUGACAGUGCCCAACAUGGAGAACCUCAGAGCUGCAGUUUGAAUCUACCCCUUACUCCUCUGCAGUUAUCCUAACCCCAAGGCAAAGCACUUCCCAAGGGCUGCAUAGUCAUGCCCCUGGGCCCAACCAAGGGCACAGUAUCUCUCCUUGUUCCAACUUAUUCCAUCUCAACCUCUUUCCCCCCAAAACUCUGUUAGGAAACUCUGUGUUUGGAAAAGUGCAGAAAUAAAUUAUGUAGAAUUUA